ACUUACACAUAAUACAUGUGCAUAAAGAGGAUUUUGGUGCUGAGGGCGGCGGUGCCGAGGUCGUCGACGCAACAAGCACCGUAGGUGACGUUAGCGAGAACGUUUUCUUCUUCUGGUUCUGACUUCUCCAUCUCGAGCGUCUUCAAAGAAUGUCGGUGCUGAUUGUGACGAGCUUAGGGGACCUUGUCGUCGAUUUGCACACCAACAAAUGCCCCUUGACCUGCAAAAAUUUCUUGAAGCUUUGCAAGAUUAAGUACUAUAAUGGGUGUCUAUUUCACACUGUUCAAAAGGAUUUUACUGCCCAAACUGGUGAUCCAACUGGCACGGGAACUGGUGGUGAUUCUGUUUACAAGUUUCUUUAUGGUGAUCAAGCUCGGUUUUUCAGUGAUGAAAUUCAUAUUGAUUUGAAGCAUUCCAAGACUGGAACAGUUGCCAUGGCAAGUGCUGGAGAGAAUCUGAAUGCUUCACAGUUCUAUAUCACUCUGCGUGAUGACCUUGAUUACCUUGACGGAAAACACACGGUUUUUGGCGAGGUAGCUGAAGGAUUUGAGACUUUAACGAGAAUAAAUGAGGCUUAUGUGGAUGAGAAGGGAAGACCCUAUAAAAAUAUAAGAAUCAAGCACACAUACAUCCUGGAGGAUCCUUAUGAAGAUCCUUCUCAACUAUCUGUGUUCAUUCCUGAUGCUUCUCCAGAAGGAAAACCUAAAGAUGAGGUUGAUGAUGAAGUGCGACUUGAAGAUGAUUGGGUUCCCAUGGAUGAACAAUUAAAUCCGGCAGAACUUGAGGAGGUUAUUAGAUCAAAGGAAGCACAUUCUAGGGCAGUUGUACUUGAGAGUAUUGGGGACAUUCCUGAUGCUGAGAUUAAGCCUCCAGACAAUGUAUUGUUUGUCUGUAAAUUGAACCCAGUUACUGAGGAUGAGGAUUUGCAUACAAUAUUUUCACGCUUUGGAACUGUAUCAAUGGCUGAAAUCAUUCGUGAUCACAAGACUGGUGACAGUUUAUGCUAUGCUUUCAUAGAGUUUGAGGACAAACGGUCAUGUGAGCAGGCAUAUUUUAAGAUGGAUAAUGCUUUGAUUGAUGAUCGAAGGAUACACGUGGAUUUUAGUCAAAGUGUGUCAAAACUGUGGUCACAAUACAGGCGGAAAGACCAAAAGGGUAAAGGUGGUGGUUGUUUCAAAUGUGGUUCUACAGAUCAUAUUGCUAAGGAUUGCACUGGAGAUUCUACAAUGAAACAACCACAAGCAAAAUACAUCUUAAAGGAUGAUAAUGCCCAACGUGGUGGAGAUAAUGCGAGAUAUGAAAUGGUUUUUGAUGGAGAUAACUCACAAAGUCCAAGGCGAGAUAUAAAACACCAAUGGCAUGAUGGUGACCUGGUUGAAAGAAAAGAUCAUAGAAGUCGUAGAGAACAGGAUAUGGUAGACUCAAACAACAGAGAUAGGUAUGGUGAUAGAAGCAGAGGACAUGGGGGAAAUGGAGACAACAAAGCACGGUCUGAAAGAGGUGCAAGAGAUUUGGGUUCCCAUGCUGACACGAAAGACAGAGAUAGACACAUGGGAAGACAUGGAGAUGAUGAUUACAAGCGGAAAGAUGAGUGUGACUCCAGAAAAAGAGAUGAAGACGAUGGCUACAAGAGGAAAGAUGAGCAAGACUCAAGAAAAAGAGAUGAAGACGAUGGCUAUAGAGAAAGACGAACUAGUCGAGAUGAUAGGAGAAACAUGGAUUCUAGCCAUUUGGAGAGAAGGAAUGACAGAGAUUAUAGGAAGAGACCUGAAGACAGUGGAAAGCAAGAAAUGAAGAUGGAUUCUGGACGAAGAAAAGGAAGUCCAGUUGAUGAAGAUUACAAGAAUGGAAGGGAUGAUGAAGAUUACAAACAUAGAAGGGAAGAACGUGGGCAUAAAAGACAAGAUACUAAAGCUGAUGAUGAUUACAAGCGUAGAAGGGAGGAUGUGGAUUACAAACGCAGAAGGGAGGACGGAGAUUACAGACAUAGAAGGCAAGAACGUGGACAUAAAAGACAAGAUAUUGUAUCUGAUGAUUAUCCUCAUAGGAGGCAUCAUGGUGAUAGGAGAUGAUUAUUGGUGUCACAAUAUCCAAAUGCUAAGCACAGAACCUUUGAACGGCUAUCUUGUAUGCCCUUUUUGCUUCAAUUUUUGUGGUGGAGCAAGACAAUGAUAUACUUUAGAACAAGGUUUUUGAAAUAUUCUAUAAGAACAUAUUUAAACAAGGUUUUUGUUUGCCACUUUGAACAAGGUUUACUUGGUUAGGCCGUCUCUAGAGUUAUUACUAGCAAGCUUUGUAAAACCUUUUUUUUUAUUAUCGUCAGCAACCUCUAACUUGACAAUGAUAACUUGUUGCCAUGGAUUAGCAGUUGUUCUCUUCUCUGCCA